AUGGCUUCUCUUACUCAAUUUUUCUCUCUUCUCAUCCCUCUGCUGGCAACUUCAUUUCUAAGUGUGUUUUCCUUUAAAGCUUCAAUCCAAACAACUCACUUGGAACCUUUUAAAUGCUCUGCAAAGAUCAGAACAUGCAAUGCCUCACUCUACCACAUAAACUACGAUCUCAAGAUAGAAGAAAUAGCCAAGUUUUACACUGUUAAUACCUCCCAAAUCAAACCUAUAAUGCAUGGCAACAAACAAGAUUACCUCAUAACAGUACCUUGUUCUUGCAACAACACCAAUGGCCUUGGCGGAUAUUUCUAUGAUACAACCUACAAAGUGAAGCCUAAUGACACUUUUGAUGAUAUUAAUACCAUGAUUUACAGUGGUCAAGCCUGGCCUAUUGAUAGAGUAUUGAUCCCAAACGAGAAGUUAACAAUACAUAUUCCUUGUGGGUGUUCAGAAAGUGACUCUCAAAUUGUUGUUACAUAUACAGUCCAGCCUAAUGACACAACAGCAGCAAUUGCUAAUGAGCUAAAUGCUACGGUUGUUGGCAUGGUGAGUUUGAACGAUGUUCUGGUUCAGAACCCCACAUUCAUAGAUAUUGGUUGGGUGCUAUAUGUUCCCGAGGAAUUGAAUGGGUUACCACUUUCCAACACAAAAGAAAAAAAACACAAGUGGGCAACAAUCAUUGGCAUCUUAGCGGGUGUGACAUUACUGUCAAUUAUUACCUUGAUCAUUCUCAUUCUCAGUCUGAGUCUUAGGAGAAAGAAAGCCUAUGAAACCAGCAAAGAUGAUCAAAUCGCUGUCUCUAAAAGAUCAAUUGCCAAUAGAACUAUUUCCUUAAAGAAUCGGGACUUUCACAAAGAAUAUAUGGAAGGUAACUUGAGAAAUUUUUAUUGUUACUUAUUCAUGGUAAAUAUUGGCGCAGAUGCAACAUCAUUUGACUCAGAAAGACCAGUAAUUUAUUCUCUUGAGGAGAUUGAAGAUGCUACGAAUGACUUUGAUGAAACUCGAAGGAUUGGAGUUGGUGGAUAUGGGACUGUGUAUUUUGGAAUGUUAGGGCAGAAGGAGGUUGCUGUGAAGAAGAUGAGGUCUAACAAGUCCAAAGAAUUUUAUGCAGAACUCAAGGCCUUAUGUAAGAUCCAUCAUAUUAACAUUGUGGAGUUGUUGGGAUAUGCCAGUGGAGAUGACCACCUUUAUUUGGUGUACGAGUAUGUUCCCAAUGGAUCUCUCAGUGAACAUCUUCAUGAUCCAUUACUGAAAGGUCACCAGUCUCUUUCUUGGUGUGCUAGGGUUCAGAUUGCACUGGAUGCAGCAAAAGGUCUUGAAUACAUACAUGAUUACACAAAAGCACGAUAUGUUCAUCGGGAUAUAAAGACUAGUAAUAUUCUUCUUGAUGAAAAGCUCAGAGCUAAGGUAGCAGAUUUUGGACUUGCAAAGCUAGUAGAACGAACCAAUGAUGAAGAAUUCAUAGCAACAAGGCUUGUUGGAACACCAGGCUACCUUCCGCCAGAAUCUGUGAAGGAGCUUCAAGUGACCAUAAAAACCGAUGUAUUUGCAUUUGGAGUAGUUUUAUCAGAGUUGAUAACAGGGAAACGUGCAAUAUUUCGUGACAACCAAGAAGCCACCAAAACGAGAUCACUCAUUUCAGUUGUUAAGGAUAUAUUCCAAGAUGAUGACACAGAGACUGUUUUAGAAGCUGCCGUAGAUGGGAAUCUUCAACGUAACUAUCCUAUGGAAGAUGUCUUCAAGAUGACAGAAAUAGCUCAUUGGUGCUUGUGCGAAGAUCCAUUGGACAGGCCUGAAAUGAAGGAGAUCGUUGUGGCAUUGUCACAGAUUGUGAUGUCCUCGAUAGAAUGGGAAGCAUCACUAGGCGGAGACAGCCAGGUUUUUAGCGGGGUAUUUGAUGGAAGAUGAAGACUCCUUGCUACUUGAGAUUUUUUUACAAAUCCUUGUCUUUGCUGUGUUGUUAUAUUAUUCUGUUGUUUUUAUUCAAAUGUCAUAUCUGCUGCCAUUUGGGUUUAGUUGGGGAUGUAUAUAUAGAGAUUUUGGAUAGAAGAUUA